CAUCUUUUAUAUGAUUUUUUUACGGUCAUUCAUCAAUAAAAAAACAAUUUUACAAUAUGAUUUGCAGUACAUCUGCAUACAUAUAUCUUCUAUUUUGCAUCUUUAACAUUGCAACAUCAGUGACAAGUAUUAAUACGGAAAUUGAUGAUAAAGAUGCAGACAUUGAUCCAACAAAAAUGCUUCUGUCUUUUUAUGCGUGCAAUGAUACAAAUUUGACAUCAACCGACUGUCUCAUACAAGAUUUAAAUUGUAUAGAGCAAGCAUAUAACUUGACAAAUGAAGAUAAACGUGAAACUACUGUUUUUAUUCACGGAUAUCACUCUAUUAAUGAACCUAUGCUGAACGUUAUAUCAGCAUUUUGCUCGCAAAAUACCUCUACUUUUGCAUUGCUUGAUUGGACUCAAUUUCAACCUGAAGGCGACUUUAAUAUCUCGACUGCUUUUUUGACACCUAAAAUCGGAAAAAUCGCCGCAAAUACUUUCAAUACGUUAAAGAGUAAGGGAUACGAUGUAGAAACAUGGCACCUCAUUGGAUUUUCCAUGGGUGCUCACAUUGCGGGUUGUAUCGCAAAAUAUACUAAUUUUUCUUGGUUACAUAUAACAGGUUUAGAUCCCGCGGGUGUCAUCUUUUAUACUGACAUGUACAAUGAUUGUCAAAUAAAUCCCGAUGUCGCAAAUUUGACCGAUAUUUUUUACACGGAUGGCAAUGGGUACGGCACUAUUAAGGAAGUAGGUACUCUAAAUAUUUAUGCCAACGCUGGAGUGGCACCGCAGCCUGGCUGUUGUUCGUCAUCAGAUAUACCAUGGUGUGGUCACUUUAAAGCAAUGGAAUGGUAUUCCGAUGCUGUAAGAAAUGAAACGAGAUACCCGAUCACCAAAUGCCCGAAUUGUUUUAUGAAUCUGCGUUUCAACGAGUAUUGCCAGAACACUGAUAGCAUUUAUCUAGGACCGCAUAUAGAUAAGAAAGCAACCGGCACUUAUUGUCUAGCAGUCAAUUAGAGAACGUUUCUCUUUGAGAUGAAAACAAUAUAGUUUCAUAAAUAAUUAACAGAUAGCUAACUGAGAAGUUCAUAUAUAUAUACAUUAUACAAAAAAGAAUGAACUUUUGCUUUACAUUUGUAAAAUGCUUUUUGUAAUUCCAAAAUGGAUAUUUUUUAUUUUUUUCAGCAUUAUUAAAUUUUAAUAUUAUUUGAUAUGAUUACUGAAAUAUUAUUAAUAUCAUUAUUGAAUAUUGGAAUUAAGGUAAUUGUAAGGAUAUUUACUAACAAUAAAACAUAUCGUCACAU